UAUGGGUCCGUUUUCAUCGCUACCUCCAGGCCCCGCUGCCCGCAACUCCUCUGCUCCCCGUCUUCCCUCCCGCGCGACGGCCUUUGGGCCACUUCAGCGGCACUCAGCGGCGCCGGCUCAGGCGAGCCGGUUUCACCAAAGACGCCGGUGCUCGUGCCCGCUGAGCUCCGCUAGAGCACGGCACCGUGGCGCGGCCGGCUUCGCCAGGGCGCGCGAGGCGCCAUAUCUGACGCGGCGAUGUCGUCCCGGGCCCGCCUCUCCUCCAAGUUCACCACCACCGCGUCCUCGACGGCGUCUUCGCCGUCGCGGCGGAGCGCUCCCAUUGACGCCCUGGCCGCCACCACUGAGCGCGCUCGAGCCGGGACGCUCUGCCCGGCGGACGCCCAUCACCUGUUCGACGAAUUGCUGCGUCAGCCCACACGCGUCCCGGAGCGCUCUCUCAAUGGCUUCCUCGCCGCGCUCGCCAAAGCGCCACCGUCGUCGGCCUGCAGCGACAGCCCCGCCCUCGCCGUCGCCCUCUUCAACCGUAUAUCUCGGGAUUCAGCAGGCCCAGGGGUGAUGCCGACGACGGUCCACACGUACACCAUCCUCAUGGACUGCUGCUGCCGUGCGCGCCGCCCGGACCUAGCGUUUGCCUUCUUCGGCCGACUUCUCCAAACGGGCCUGGGAAUCCAACUCAUCACAUUCACCAGCCUCCUCAAGGGUCUCUGCGAUGCAAAGCGGACAGAUGAGGCUCUGGACGUGCUGCUCUGCAGGAUGCCUGAGCUUGGGUGCGUGCCCAAUGUUAUCUCCUACUCUGUUCUUCUGAAGAGUUUCUGCAGUGAGAAGAAAAGCCAGCGAGCGGUUGAGCUGCUCCAGAUCAUGGCCAAAGAAGGAGGUGUUUGCUCGCCCAACGUGGUAUCAUAUAACACGGUCAUCGAUGCUCUCUUUAAGGAGGGUGAAGUAGCUAAAGCAUGUGAUCUGUUCCAUGAGAUGGUGCAGCAGGGGAUUUCACCUGAUGUGAUGACUUACAGCUCUAUUAUUCAUGCACUGGGCAAGGCCAGAGCAAUGGAUAAGGCAGAGAUGUUCUUCCGACAGAUGGUUGAUAAAGGGGUUCAACCAAACAGUGUUCUCUAUAAUAACAUAAUCCAUGGAUAUUCCACCCUGGGACAGUGGAAGGAGGCUGUGAGGGUGUUUAAAGAAAUGAAGCAGCAAGGAGUGAAACCUGAUGUAGUCAGCUACUCGACAGUAAUUGCUGCGUUUUGCAGAAUGGGCCGCUUGGAAGAUGCUAUGAGCAUAUUCAGUCAUAUGAUUGAUCAGGGAGUGCCGCCUAACGAAGCUGUUUACCACUGCCUAAUUAAGGGUUUCUGUACUCAUGGUAGUUUGGUUAAAGUCAAGGAGUUACUUUCUGAGAUGAUCAGUAAAGGUAUGCAUCUUGACGUUGUGUUCUUCAGUUCAGUAAUAAAUGACCUUUGCAAAGAAGGAAAGGUCAUGAAAGCACAACAGGUAUUUGACUUCAUUAGACAUAUUGGGUUGUGUCCUAUUAUCGCUAUGUUUUGUUCACUGAUGGACGGAUAUUGCUUGAUUGGCAAGAUGAAGGAAGCGUCGAGAAUAUUUGAUUCUAUGGUUUCAGCUGGAAUUGAACCUGAUGUUGUAGCUUAUGGUACACUGAUUAAUGGCUACUGUAAACUUGGACAGAUUGACACUGGACUGAAUAUUUUUAGAGAAAUGUUGCUUAAGGGAGUCAAGCCUUCAACAAUUGCAUACAGCAUAGUUAUAGAUGGAUUAUUUCACGCUGGGAGAACCUUUGCUGCAAAGGAAAAGUUCCAAGAAAUGAUUGAAAGUGGAAUACCCGUGGACAUUGGAAUAUAUAACACUGUCCUUAAUGGACUUUUGAGAAAUAACUGCUUUGAUGAAGCAGACACUCUGUUCAAGAAAUUAUGUUCAACGAAUGUGAAGAUUGAUAUCGUAAUUGUCACUACUAUGAUUUCUGGAAUGUUUAAAGCUAGGAGAAUCGAAGUAGCUAAGUAUUUGUUUGAUUCUAUAUCAGCCAACAAGCUGGUGCCUUCUAUUGUGACUUACAGCUUAAUGAUUACAAAUUUCAUAAACGAGGGGUUGCUGGAAGAGGCAGAUGAUAUCUUUUCUGCAAUGGAAAAGGCUGGCUGUGCCCCUGACUCUAUACUGCUAAAUCAUGCGACCAGGUUGUUACUGCAGAAAGGUGAAAUAAUCAGGGCUGCUAAUUAUCUUGCUAAGAUUGAUGAGAAGAAUUUCUCGCUUGAAGCUUCAACCACUGAAAUGCUGAUCUCUCUCUUCUCAAGGGAAGGGACAUGGCUGGAACACAUAAAAUUGCUCCCAGCAAAGUAUCAGUUUACUGUGGGAGCCAGCCACAGUUGAUACAUUAUACAUGUGCUUAAGUCCCCAGGAUAUGCUCUCAAGUUUUAUUUUUCACAAGGUAUAUUAUCUGCAAGCAUGCCAGGUAGCAUUGGACACUAUGCCAAUAUGUGUGGUAGAAGACUAUUGUGGUUUGAAAUUAAUAUGCAUCUCUUAAAUUAUGUAACUUUUGCUACAGUUCAUACAAGAAAUCGUUUACAAUUCAUUAUUAAUUCUUCCUAAAGAACUUCAAGGUUCACAACCUGGGCACCUUUGCAUGCAAAAGUAAUCAUCGUGUUCUUCAAUACCGAACAUUUCGUUCAAUAAUCUCAUAUACAGCCUAUGGGUCAUGAUGAAUAAAAGCUACAAUAUUUGCUAUAAACAGGUGAUAAAAAUGGGAAGGAUUGCCAGUCUAACAUUAGUAAAAUCUUUCUGUCUGCAUUUUAGUUUCCGAUACUCAAUUUUGGUACUAGCAUUACUGAAUUGAAAAUGGCACAAGUUGUAAGAUUUGUUCAUAUAUGACACACUGGAGGGUUUUUCAUGCCAUGGUUAGAGUUUUCCACCAUUGCUCUUACUAUAUGUGCAUGGAGGUACAAGCAUGUCAGAUAAGCAUGAGGCACUGGAGGUCGGUAAGGAAAGCGACUUGUGGGUAUGGCUACGUGGACAAUGAAUCAGUGCUAAAACAUACUAUACUAGAAGACUACUGUGGUUCAAACCUGAAUGCUCAUCUCCCAAGUCAGGGUGAUGGGUCAAGAUGCAGCUGGUUGCAUUUUAUGGAUAAACUGUAAAGAGAAUUCUCUGUUUCUGCUAUUGAGAUUAAUUUCAUCCUGAUGGAUACCUUGGUAUCAUUAUGAAAUUUUUUUUGCUAUAGUAAAACUUUGGAAUGUAGAAUGUUUACCUUGUGGCAUAGAGUGAUUAUGAUCGGUAAAACAUUUAUCAUUUGUGAACACCAUUCAUACACACAUAUCGAUAUCUCUCUCUGUAAGUUAACUUGGUUCUGACAGUAGGUAAUAAUGUGAAAAAGGUGCAGGCAUGGACUGUUAAACACCAGUUUAAGAGCUGUGUGUCAAGUCGUCCGUUAGGUCUGGUAGCCCGUCAAAGCAGUACAUGUGGCUGUGUGGCUUGAAAAUAUUAAGGAUACUGUUCGGCAUCUAUGAACUUGUUCAUAAACCAUCCAGACGGGUAGAUUGCAGUUUUUAUGGGACGCUUGAGCUGUCACGUGCAGAUGACUCUAGGUUUUAUCUCAUCCAUGUAAGUGACUGUGGAUUCUUGUCUGGCAUCAUGGUUACAGGCAGCGACUGCAACACAGGGAACCAUGCUGAAUUUGUGUACUUGGAGGUGGUGAAAGAACUCUACUUGGCGCAUAUCAAAGGUGUUCAAGUACGGGGAACUUCCAUUCUUGAUGGUCUGGAUGUCCCAAAUUCUCGGAACUUAACAAUCCACAUGGUAAAGUUGAGUGAUCCUGCAAAGCUGCCUUUGCCUGUUGUGUCUGUCCGGGCUUUAAUUCAUCCGAGAUGAAUUCUGGGUUAUGGGUGUCCUGUUGUUCUCAGUUUGGUGAUAUUUCACUUAUUACGGUCUGUAUGACAAUGUUCUCAUUCUGCCGUUAUGAUGUUCAUUUUAUUCUCUCUCAAUUAUUUUCAUUCCGCCUGGCAAAGGGGAAAAAAUGACAAAAGGUGAAACAGAACAGAAUGAAGAACGGCUAGAAAACCUUGCGUAA